CUUGUACCAGGUAAACAAACAGAUAAACUGGUUCCUUGUAUCAGGCCGGCAUUGAUAAGCAUGGAAGACCUGUAAUAGUUUUCAUUGGAAAAUGGUUUAAGCCUGGUAGCGUGGAUAUGGAGAAAGCUUUGCUGUAUCUAAUUAGAAUUCUGGAUUCUGUUGCGGACAAGGACUAUUCUGUUGUUUUCUUCUGCACACGGACUGGAACUGAUAAUUAUCUGUCGUACUGGUGGAUUAAAGAUAUUUAUGUAAAACUACCAUAUCAUUACAAAAAGAAUCUCAAAGAUUUCUACAUCGUACACCCAUCAAUGUGGACCCGGUUGACCACGUGGUGGUUCUCAACAUUCAUGGCGCCCGUCAUCAAGCAUAAGAUUCAUAAUGUCUACGCGGUUACAGAACUGGAUUCAAUUAUCCACUCUACGCAGUUCGAUAUUCCCAUGUUUAUUCAGGAAUAUGAUAUGAGCAUCAACGGAUUGAGAUACUAUCAACCUUAACAGCUGACCACUUAGAGAUCAGCUGAUCACCUGGAGAUCAGCUGAACUUUUGGAGAUCAAAUCAACAAAAUCAAUCGCGCCCAAUCGUCUUGAUCAAUUGAUACCGAAUCAAAUUCUCACAUUACUUCUGAAUUGAUUGAUCAAAUGGAAUCAAAUUAUCAAAUAUUUUGGUUCUUUAAAAGUUUACCGGAUCCUGUAACACUCACUUACUUGCUUAUUUACACAUUAAUGUUGCCGUAGACAAUUCUUAGGUUUUUUUUUCUCAAAUUUCAACUUUCCAAUUGUGCAAAUUGCCAGAUUAAACUUCCCAAAUAAAAAUUUAUAGAAAUUAGAACUUGUUUUGUCAAUCUCAGAAUCAAGCAUUGAUCUCCAUCUUUGGCAGACCAUCGGGUUAAUUUAGUUUUUCUUAAAUAUCCAGUAGUAUUCAUACCCUGCAGGAUUGGAUAUCGAGAUCAAUCAUUUUAGAGAGGUCCACACAAAUAUUUCAACCUCCCUUUAAACUUCCCAACUUAAAAUUCCCAAAAUGAAUAUCCCAAAUCAUAAACCAGAAAUAAAAUUCCCAAAAUUCGAGUAUUUGGAAAAUUGUACAUUUGGAAAGUUACAACCUAGAAAAAAGCCUAAUAUAUUGAGCAUAUAUUAUAAAACACAUUAAACAGUAUUUUAUGAGACACUAAUUAUAGAAAGAACCUUCGUAGCUCUUCCUAAAAUCCCUUAAAUCGACCAAAUUGGAGAGCAGAAAUUUGUACAUUUUUAAAUCAAACAAAAAUAUAAUA